AUUCGACGGCGCGCAAGUGCGCCGAGAGUCGUUUCCUUGUGCCGAUCCGAUGUCGACGCGCCUGUCGUCUCGGAUUAACCGUCUUAGUUGAUGCCUAUUUAUUUUUUCUGUAAUAUAUCUCGCGAACAAGUAACGGCACGCGGCGUCAACUCUGCGGCAAGCCACAUCAAGACGAAAAACUGAGAAUCCCCAUCGUCAGUGCGAAGGAACCGAGCGGCUUUUGCGUGGUCGUUGUGAGUAGUGGUUGCGGUGGUGUGCGUGUGUUCAAGCGCGACCCGAGGGUGUUGUGGAAAAAGCCUGAUCGGUGUGGGUGCCCCGGAUUUUCGUAACGGCAGCGGGUGUGGAGCUCUAGCGAGUCCGCAGACAUGGACCACAAGCGUGGACGGUUUCUCGAUCACUGACAAAAACACUUCCGAUCCCUUUCCGGCGAGUAAGUUUUCGUCACCUCGCUAUGAUGCAGACAUCGAGCCAUCAUGAGGAACUCAAAGCGAUGGCAUACACGCCUUUCGAGGCGCAACUAGUAGGCGACACGGCCGCGACUUUGGACGAUAUCGUCGGUAAUUCGGCCGAGAAGAAGCAAUCUGACAUCGACGCCGGUAUGACGCUGGACGACGUGCUUUUGCAACAGCAACACCACCAACAGCAGCAGCAGCAGCCCAAGAAGGUGCCGCCUCCGAAUGGCAAGAAAACCAAGGGACGUGUUAAAAUCAAGAUGGAAUUUAUCGACAACAAGCUACGCCGGUACACGACUUUCAGCAAGCGGAAGACGGGUAUCAUGAAGAAGGCGUAUGAACUGUCCACGCUGACAGGAACCCAGGUGAUGUUGCUUGUUGCGUCGGAGACGGGCCACGUGUACACGUUUGCCACGCGCAAGCUACAGCCCAUGAUCACGUCCGACGCCGGCAAGGCCUUAAUCCAGACGUGCCUCAACUCGCCCGACACGCCUCAGGGCACGUCAGGUCCGCCGGGGCCGGGACCGGACCAGCGUAUGAGCGCCACGGGCUUUGAAGAGACGGACCUCACCUAUAGCGUCACGGAGGACAGUGAGAACAAGGACUCAAAGGCACUGUUCCACAGCCUCCUCAGUGGUUGCCAGGACGACAGUGACAGCGACGGCUCCAGCCCGGACUCACCGCCGUCCCCCAACAAGGGUGCAACCACAAACGGGUCACCAUCACCGGCACUCAAUUCGGUACUUAAUUCAGGUUCUGUAGUGUCUUCGGCAAGCAGCGUUACCAACCCAGCUGACCUUGCACCUAUUUAUCGCAUCGGCGGACAGCCUGUUGUAUCUCUAGCAGGUGCCGUCGCCGGAGGUGCGUCGAGUAGCGGCUGCAGCCCAGCCACAGUCACGGUGUUGCCCGGUUCCCAGUCGUCCCUGGGAACCCUCAUGUACCAGACGCCGCAGGGGCUGUUGUACGCCGCCCCGCCCGGCGGCUCCCUGCCCGAAGCGUUGCUGCUGAACCUCGGCCAGCCGGUCUCCCUCAAGACAGAAGGAGACUGUCCCACGCAGCAGUAUAUCACGAUCCCAGUCCCAGUGUCAAUGGCACAGCAACAGGCUGGUUCCGCAUCAUCUAGCUCAUCGUCCAAGAGAGAACGAACCGGCAAAUAGCCCAGAAGAUUGGAAGUUAAUAAAGAAAGUGCGAUUACAGAUGUGCCGUCGUGAUUACGGCAGUGGCUUCUUCUUGGUCUACACGAGCCAGCCUUGCACUAGCCGUGCCAUCAUGACAGUACCUGACAAGGCAGAACAGCCGGCCAAAACUCUUUUUGCAUUUGGUGAUUACCAUAAAGAUGGAGUAUAUUUUGAAUGCCUACUCAGGUCAUUUGACUGCAGUGGCAAUAAAGCUUUUAUGACACGUCA